UUUGUCGCUCUUCUUUGAACUGCAAAUCGAAUCUAAUUCUGUUUCUAUCUGUGGAUUUGCUUUUUGUUUUAUUUUCUGCUUUUUGGAAGCUUUUUCCUUUAUCAACUUCCUUUUAUGCAUAAACCUCUGCUUUUUUGUUUUCAAUCUACAGUCUUUUGAUUUGUUUUCUUGAAAAAUGCGGCCGUUGGUUAGUGUCUGAUACUGAUUUACAAGCGUAUUUCUGAAUGCUGGUGAUAUAUUACUUUGAUCAGAGUAUAAUGAUGUAAUAAAGUAGAAGUGAUAGCUAGUUGGAGUUUGUUCCGGCUAGUAGUGACCACUUGUGAUUUAUCAUAUGAGAAUGUCUCUGAAUUUUCGGUCUUAGAAGUGCGAAGAUUCUAUCUUUCAUUUUUUUUAAACUCAAACCAAGGCUAUUGUUGUCAAUUAAUUGGCUUCUUCUCUUCUUUGAACUACCGGCUCUAUUUUCUUUCCAUAAAUCGCUGCACCUUUUGUCACUCGGGAUAUCACAUCUGUAUCAUUUUUAUUUUUGACUUUUUGACCUUUUUGGUGUGAAAAUGAGUAGGAUUCAGAGUCGAAAAACUCAGAAAAUAAACGUAGAUAAACAAUUUGCAGGUGCAGGAUGCCUGGGAAGAAUGGUCAACCUUUUUGAUUUGGGCACAGGCGUCCCUGGAAACAGGCUGCUCACUGAUAAACAACAUCACGAAGGUGUUUCACUCUCAAGAAGUCGGUCAGAUGUCGCAAGGAUGUCACCUUCUGCAGAUCAGAUAGAAGAUAAGCUGGUUGUCUCUGAGUUUAGGAGAACUUCUUCAAACAAGAAAGCAAAUGGUACACCCAUGAAAACACUUAUAGCCCAAGAAAUGUCAAAAGAAGUAGAGUUCAAGCAUAACCAGCCCAAUCUAGUUGCCAAGUUGAUGGGUCUUGAUGCCCUUCCACAUCAGCCUAGUUCAGCUGCUCAAAAAAGUCAUUCAAAAAGUUAUUCACGACAUUCUCCAAGUCAUUCGGCGGUACCACUGGAAUGUUGGGAGCAAGAUCAUGGAUUUCUAGAUGACAGAAUGCCUAGUAAAGUUCAUCAGUUUCAUGAACAGAGUGAUUGCAAGCAUGUUCAUGAAAUCUGGCAGCAGUCUCAACAAGCAAGUUAUUCAAGAGAUAGUUCUUUGCAGAAGGGAAGGUAUGAUGAAACUACAAGUGAGAAAAAGAUGGCUCUUGUUCGUCAAACGUUCAUGGAAGCAAAACGUCUAGCCACAGAUGAAAAACUUCGCCAGUCCAAAGAGUUCCAGGAUGCAUUGGAAGUUUUAAGUUCCAAUCAAGAUUUAUUCCUUAGGUUUCUGCAAGAACCGAACUCCUUGUUCUCUCAGCAUCUAUAUGAUUUGCAAGCAAUUGCUCCACCUCCUGAGACUAAAAAAAUUACUGUUCUUAGACCGUCGAAGAUGGUUGAUGAUGAAAAAUUUAUAGGAUCAAGAAAGUUGAUUGAUAAACAAUCCAGUAAACCAGCCCAAGUGGUUCAAGCAACUGGACAGGAAAGCAAUAAUCCUGGAUAUUCCCCGGUUUUUGCUAAUCAUAAAGUUAAUGAACAUCCUACUCAAUCUACAAGAAUAGUGGUACUGAAGCCAAGCCCUGGGAAGACUCAUGACAUUAAGGCUGUGGUUUCCCCAACUUCCUUAUCCUCGAGAAUAUCACAUAACGAAGAUUUUUAUGAGGAACCUGAAGAUGGAGAGGUUCAAGAAUCGGGAGACGUAGGGAAGGAGAUCACAAAGAAGAUACGUGAAUAUCUGAUGGGUCAUCGAAGGGAUGAGACUGUACUUUCUUCUGUGUUUUCCAAUGGCUAUGUUGGUGAUGAGAGUUCGUUUAACCAACCAGAAAAUGAGUAUGCAGCAGCACAUAUCAUUGAUUCAGAAACCAUUUCACCAACUUCUAGGCAUUCAUGGGAUUACAUCAAUAGGUUUGGUAGCCCGUAUUCUUCUUCCUCCUUUAGCUGUGAAUCAUGUUCUCCAGAGUCAUCAGUGUGCAGAGAAGCAAAGAAACGACUUUCGGAAAGAUGGGCCAUGAUGGCAUCGAAUGGGAACUUUGAGGAACAGAGACAUGUCCGGAGAAGCUCAAGCACAUUGGGGGACAUGCUUGCCCUUUCUGAUACAAAAAAGUCAGUGAGAUACAAGGAAGAGGUUAUUAAGAAUGAACAAGAACCAAGAGUCCCGACUUUGUGCUUAACUAGUGAUCUGAAUACAGAAGAAAGUGAGUGUGAGCCUCUUAAAAAUCUUAUGAGAUCAAAAUCUGUUCCUGUAUCUUCCACAGUGUAUGGUGCCGGGCUCAAUGUUGAAGUAGCUGAUCCUGGAGCUGGCCAAAAGCAAGUUCCUAAGCAGCUGACAAAGACAAAGAGUGCAAAAUCAUCUCUAAAAGAGAAAGUUUCAAGCUUAUUUUUUUCAAAGAGUAAAAAAUCUACUAAAGAAAAAUAUAGUGCAUCACAAUCUGAAGAAGAAUUUCAGUCUGUCACUGCUGAGGCCCCAGGGUCAGCAGGACAUAUUCCUGUAAUGGUUAGCAGUGAUACAUCUCAAUGUGUUAACACUAAUGGCCUUGGAGACUGUUCUUCUCCUGGUCUGUAUCCAUCAAACAAAACUUCCUCUCCAGAUUUAACUGACAUGAGCUGCAUAUUUUCUCGGGAGGCAGGAUUAUCUGUAUCAAAACCUUUGAUGCCUGGCACUGUUAAUGAGAAUCAAGACCAGCCAAGUCCAAUCUCAGUUUUGGAACCCCCAUUUGAAGAGGAUGACAAUACAUUUCCAGAGUCUUCCAGCAAUAUCAAGCCAGAGCACCGAGGAACAGUGGUGUCCUGUAAGCCUCACUUAAUUGACAAAUCACCCCCUAUAGAAUCAAUUGCCCGGACCUUGUCAUGGGAUGAAUCUUGUGCAGAGACAGCCACUGCCUAUGCACUGAAAGCGUCAUCACUCUCAGGAGCUGAGGAAGUGCAGGAUUGGCUGUUCUUUGUCCAAACACUAUUAUCAGCUUCUGGUCUUGAUGGUGAGUUGCAAUCUGAAACAUUUUUUGUCAGAUGGCAUUCACCUGAAAGCCCAUUGGACCCAUCAUUGAGAGAAAAAUAUGCUAGCCUGAAUGAGAAGGAGCCAGUGCAUGAGGCAAAGCGAAGACAACGUAGAUCAAACCGUAAGCUUGUGUUUGACUGUGUGAAUACAGCAUUAGUUGAAAUAACAGGUUAUGGGUCGGAGUCAGACAGGAGCAGUAGGGCUGUGUUGUGUAGCAGGGCUCACAACACUCUGGCAGAGAAUCGAUCACCCAUGGUGGUGGACCAUGUGUUGGGUCGGAUGAAGGAGUGGUAUAUUAGUGAGGUGGGAGAUGUAUUCAGUGAGAGUGGGAAUAUCAACAGCCUGGUGGUAGAGGGGGUGGUGAGAAAGGAGGUUUUAGGGAAAGGGUGGGGUGAGCAAAUGAGAAUAGAAUUAGAUAAUCUGGGAAAGGAGAUUGAGUUGAAUUUGUGGGAAGUGCUUGUGGAUGAGGCUGUGGUUGAUCUAACAGGUGGUGUGUUAUGACUUAUGAGGUUGCUUCUUCUUCUUCUCCUUCUUCUUUUUUUUUUUUCCGUAACUGUUUAUCUAAAUGAUGGCUGAAUUUAUGUAUUUCAUUUUGAACAAUGAUGGUCCCACUUGGCUUACUCCUACCUGCCAUAUUUGUUUAACAUUAUCAUCAAUUGCCCUGUUAUAUAUAAAUAGUUUAGUUGGGGGUGGUUGUAAGUGUCCCAUUGAUGACAAGUUUGAGUGAUUAAUAUUAAUUGGAUUUAUUAGUUUUAUAA